AUGGCAACCGCUUCACUUCCACCACUGGAGUCUUUGUAUAGACGGAAUGCAAAACGGACGAGGGACGUUUUUGCGGCAGAGUCGGGUGACAUUCUGGUUGAAGACGAAUCAACUUCUCGAGUGCGACUAGCCGUCAAAAUUCACGAUGAAUACCGUGACUACAAGCAACUCCCUCCAGCGUUGCUUUCACAGCAAGGACCAGUAGGACCAUCGCGCCCACCAUCGCAGAGAAAGAUGAUUACGGCUGGCGAUUCAAUUGACAGCAACACCUCUCGUAUCAUUUCAACGAUAGACAACACCCCUCAAGCCAAACCAUCUACAUUUUCUUCAAAUUCUAAACUUACCCAAGCACUCACCCUUCAUAAAACAACACGCACAAUCAAACCGGAAUAUCAUGCUCCCUGGAAGCUAGUUCGUGUCAUUUCUGGACAUCUUGGUUGGGUGCGUAGUGUUGCAGUAGAACCCGGAAACAAGUGGUUUGCUACAGGUGCCGGGGAUCGUGUCAUUAAGAUUUGGGAUUUGGCAAGCGGGGAGUUGAAGUUGUCUUUGACUGGUCACAUUUCAACAGUUCGAGGGUUGGCAGUGUCUUCGCGGCACCCGUAUCUCUUCUCGUGCGGAGAAGAUAAGAUGGUCAAAUGUUGGGAUUUGGAAGCCAAUAAAGUCAUUCGACAUUACCAUGGGCAUCUUUCAGGCGUGUAUUCGCUUUCAUUACAUCCCACGCUUGAUGUUCUCGUCACAGCUGGUCGAGAUGCGUCUGCUCGUGUAUGGGAUAUGAGAACCAAAGCACAGAUCCAUGUUCUGUCUGGUCACACAGCCACCGUCGCGGACGUCAAAUGCCAGGAUUCUGAUCCUCAAGUAAUCACAGGAAGCAUGGAUUCUACAAUCAGAUUAUGGGAUCUUGCCGCUGGAAAGACAAUGACCACCCUAACGCAUCAUAAAAAGUCCGUUCGCGCCCUCGCUAUUCAUCCAACAGAAUAUUCCUUUGCAUCCGGCUCGGCGGGCGGAAACAACAUCAAAAAAUGGAAAUGCCCUGAAGGCGCUUUCGUAUUCAACUUCCCUGGACAUAACGCCAUCAUCAACACGUUGUCUGUCAACGCGGAAGGUGUCUUUUUCUCGGGAGGUGAUAACGGGUCCCUGACCCUGUGGGAUUAUGCUACUGGGACACCAUUCCAACACAUGGAAGAUGUUCCUCAGCCUGGAUCCCUCGAAGCAGAAGCCGGCGUUUUCUGUUCGACUUUCGAUCAGACUGGGACUCGCUUGAUCACAGGCGGAGCUGAUAAAACUAUCAAGAUCUACGCCGAGCAAACAUGA